AUGAGUAUCCGGAUAAAUGCGACCGUCCACGAGGCUCGCACAGCUGCGGGACACAGCAGAGAGCAAUGGGACCGGUUCUAUUUCAUCACAAAGGACGAAGCCAAGCAGCUCUCGGAAGCGCACCCAGACUGGACGAGAUGGAUCCUGAUCCCCGCGAACGAGAAAGAACAAAUGUUGGAGCGAAUAAAUGAUCGAUUGCGCGCAGAAGGCAUUCCUGCAGUGGAGAUGAUAAUCUUGAAGUGGCGGGUCUCCCAGCUCUUGCGGGACAUUCAACGGAAAUACGGUACGUGCGCGUUCACCCGCUCUUCCGAGGGAAGCAUGUUGUCCGGUAUGAGCGUUGCAGGUUCAGGACCGCACAUAAAAGUGCAGACCAAUUCCGACAACGGCCUACAGCAAUCACCAAGCCCUCAGCGAUCGGAAUAUUCGCCAAGCGAGACCCGGCCGUACGAUCCCAUACGGGAUGUCUAG